AUGUGCUGCGGACCCUGUGGACCCCGAUGCUGCGAUCCGUGUGGCGGAUGCUACAACUGCUGCGUGGAGCUCUGUUGUGUGCCCUGCACCCCGGCUUACAUUCAGUGCACCUUUAUGCCGUGCGGCCCCAGGGGCUGCUGCUGAAGUGGGGACAAGCUAGGUGCCGAAACACGUCCUACAAUAUAGUACCUGAAACAUUCGUAGAUACCCACAUGUCGUAAUAAACGAAUUCAAAAUAUGUAA